AUGUUCUCCAAGCUGGCGGCCAAUUUUGCCCAGAAAGCGGCCACUGCUGCCGCGGGCUCCACUCGCCGAGUUGCUUUCCAGACCCGAUUUGUGUCUGGCCAGACUCUCGCCAGCAGCACAAAGGGGAAGACUGUGCCUUUCCAGACUGCUCAAAACGGGGCUUCUCUGCCGGCCACCUUUACCAUCCGAGAUGGCCCCAUUUUCCGAGGCAAGGCCUUUGGCGCCAACACUAACAUCUCUGGCGAGGCCGUCUUCACCACUUCUCUCGUCGGCUACCCCGAAUCCAUGACCGACCCCUCUUACCGUGGCCAAAUCCUCGUCUUCACCCAGCCCCUGAUUGGCAACUACGGCGUUCCCUCCAGUGAGCGUGACGAGUACAACCUUUUGAAGUACUUUGAGUCUCCUCACAUUCAGUGUGCUGGUGUUGUUGUCUCCGACGUCGCCCUUCAAUACAGCCACUGGACCGCCGUCGAGAGUCUGAGCGAUUGGUGUGCUCGCGAGGGUGUUCCCGCCAUUUCCGGCGUCGAUACUCGAGCCAUUGUCACCUUCCUCCGAGAGCAGGGUUCUUCCCUCGCUAGGAUCUCCGUUGGCGACGAGUACGAUGCCGAUGAGGACGAAGGCUUUGUCGACCCUGGCCAGAUCAACCUGGUCAAGCGUGUCAGCACCAAGGCUCCCUUCGUGGUUGAGUCUCCCAACGCUGACCUCCACAUUGCUUUGAUCGACUGCGGUGUCAAGGAGAACAUCCUCCGCAGCUUGGUCAGCCGUGGUGCUUCGCUCACCGUCUUCCCUUACAACUACCCGAUCCACAAGGUUGCCCACCACUUUGACGGUGUCUUCAUCUCCAACGGCCCCGGCGACCCAAUCCACUGCCAGGAGACCGUCUACAACCUUGCCCGCCUGAUGGAGACUUCUCCCAUCCCCAUCAUGGGAAUCUGUCUCGGCCACCAGCUUCUGGCCAUGGCCGUCGGCGCCAAGACGAUCAAGAUGAAGUACGGCAACCGAGCCCACAACAUCCCCGCCCUGGACUUGACCACCGGCCAGUGCCACAUCACCUCCCAGAACCACGGAUACGCCGUCGACUCCACCACCCUGCCCAACGACUUCAAGGAGUACUUUGUCAACCUCAACGACGGCAGCAACGAGGGAAUGAUGCACCGCACCCGCCCCAUCUUCUCUACCCAGUUCCACCCCGAGGCCAAGGGUGGCCCAAUGGACAGCUCGUACCUCUUUGAGAAGUACCUUGAGAACGUCCGCGCUGCCAAGAGCGCUCAGCACGUCUUCAAGGACAACCGUCCUAGCCAGUACAUCCUUGACGUUUUGAGCAAGGAGCGUGUCGGUGUUGAGCCCACUCCUCUUGUUGGCUUUGCAUAA